CGUGAAGUCAUUUGGCCUCGCUUUAUAUCAAACUCUGCCUCUCUUUACCUAGCCUACAUUAGGUGUCAUCGCCACUUUGCCGUAUUUACGCACUUUGACGGCCGCCUCAGUGGGUCGUUUCAUAUUACAAAUUCACUAUUUGAUAAACAUUUUAACUUGCCGACGCUGUGAGGCCGAAUCGAGUUGUGGCUUGAAACUCUAUUUCCACUCUACUACGAGGAAAGAUUUGAGGUGUUCCACAUGAUUUGUGUCUUAGUGUUUUCGUUGUGGAACGUCCGGAAAAGCGGGGUGUGAUCAUGACGUUCUAGAACUCCUCGGUAACCCUAGGAGACUGGUCACGUGGCGGUGAAACAACAUGUUAGGACAGUACGCACGAGUGCGGGGGUAGUGCAAGUGACUACGUACGCCGGUAGAAAAACUAACGGUGCGAUAACUACGACAUCCUUUCUACGAUGAUCUUGACAGAAACCUAGGCUCAAAUGAGCGGAAACAUCGUCCUACCGAAGCUGGCGGUCUUCGGGCCAGAGAAAGAGGGAGAGGGGGACGCUUUGGGACAACAGAAACAGCGUCGGACGAAACACUCUAAACGGCGUGCCAGUGUGCUACCCAGCGUCCCCCAUGGCCAGACCAGCAGGGCGACGCACGGAAAGCCCCCUACGGUAGAAAAGAAAUCAUCUCUUAAGAUCGACGUGCGGCACAGCGGAGAAUUUCUCCCGACGAUACAGGAACCCAGACACGCCGCUUCGAAAGGGGAGACGAGCGGGAUGAAGAACAAGUUCCUGACGUUCCUGUACCUACAACACGCCGUGUACGGUACCGGUACGUACGGUCAGCGGGGCAGAGCGAUCCGCGACCGGACGGACAAAAACAAACUGUCGGUGGAGGGGACGGACAUUCGCCUGCCGCCACCCAAAGCACCGACGGAGCCCCGGAGGAAAAGUCUCCAGAAUGUGAAGUCCACGUCUACGGUGUCGUCAGAAGGUAGCCUAGAGAACCAGGCACCUGAGGCUGACGACCCUCAGACGGUACAAAAAAGACUGCAUACCUUGAUGAAUAUACACAGCAUGGGCAUCCCAAUAGAGAUUACGAACAAAGACUACGUCCCGGGCGUCAUCUGCCGGCCGCUGUUCCACUGCGCGCGCUGCAGAGACGUCUGGGACAGGCUAGGAGAGGUGCCGGGCAGCUGUGACCAGCCGUCGCGGCCUGUGCGAGGCAACGCCUUCUGGCUAACACGGGAGGCCAGCACCGGGCUGAUGCAGGGAGUGGACCCGAAGUCACAAGCCAUUCGCAUGAAAGCUGGCCGACACGGCGAGAAACUGCUACUGAUGGGCGCCACAACAGGUAGCCACCGUCUGCUGUAUGACGAGGAAGCCUCGUCCCUCCUGAGCCUGCUGAGGGACCUGCGGCACCAGGCCGCGGCCAGGCGGGAGGAAGAGGAGGAGGAUGACGACUACUGGAGCUACGGCACCGACGAGUUCAGCGAGGAGGAUCUGGACGUCGAGGACGACGGAAAAGAAGGUACAUCAAUGAGAGCAUCCCAUCGGAAGGAAGGGCGGAGAAGAGCGCAGAAGGCAUCCGUGCGGCGGAGGGGGAGUCUGGAGACCGCGCCGGAGUCGCACGCCAGCAGCCAGGACAGCGGCUUCACCAGUCAGCAGGGCGGCGGGGCCGGCCACGGGCUCCUCCCGAUGCUGCUGCGGAUCCUGGAGAAGGACUCCCGGCCGGGCUCCACCAAAGUUCUCGGUGACUUGGACGAGCGGCAGCUGGUCUUGCAGCUCCUGGACGCCAGCGAUGACAUCGACGACGCGGCUUGGGCCGAAGAAGGCGCACACUUCUUGAACUCGUUAAAAUCCAACCACGUCGUCAGGUUGACGCCUAACAACCUUCCCGCGUUGGUGGCUGAGAUCAAGCGGGGAACGAUAGCGGUACAGACGGGGCCUGACGGCUCGAUCAGGCUCGGGACAUACGGGCCGGACGGCGUGUUCGUCCCGUUCGAGGCCAGCGACGAAGACGGUAGGCCGAUCUCUGAACAGUUCGCAAGGAUGCUGGAAAGCACAUUAACGUCACAGUUGACACAGGUGCUAUCAUCUGGCGGAUCUACGGAUCCAGACUCAAAAGGUGCGGCAGGACUUCUAAAGGCGCUGAUGAACAACAGCGAUCUAGCGGCCUCGGUCGGUGGGUCGGACGUGUCGGACAUUGUGAACAAACUACGUGAACACCUAGCCGACGACAAACAAACAAAAGCAAAGGAAGGACCAUUCGAAACAGCUCGGAUGGCUGAUUUCAUGAUAGAUAUAAUGAAGACAAUCUUAAAAGAUGGUAAACUCCUUACAGAAGAUCAAGUCAAACAAGUCCUAAAAUCAGGAGGGAAUGAAGACUUACUGUUGAAACGUCUCUCCGACGGUAGGCUUUACUUUGGCGUUAAAGACCAUAACGGAGAAUUCGUGCCUUUCGGGACAUACGGAGAGGAUGGAGUAUUCUACUUCGGCGCUAUGGAUGGAAAUGGAACGUUCCAACUCACGGGGAGGGUAGACCAUACAGGCAACUUUGAACCUGGCGUGAUCAAGGACGACGGACUAUUCCAUGUUGUGGAGGAUGGGGUAAGCGAGGCCAUGGCUUCGGUCAUGUCAAAGUUGAAAGGUCAGCCGGGAUGGUUGAAGCAGUACGUCGAGACAAGAAUCAGACGACAGGAAGUGGUAGUUCAUAUCCCAGACCACGCCGGCCUUGAUGUGACGGGAGAGGGCACCGAUCUGAGCAACGACGAGGAUACAGACAGCGGCAAAACUGCCAUCGAGCGACAGAAACGGAGCAAAGACGACCCCCUGUACGACAUACGAGCGGCAGACGGACCCACCACGUCCGACCUACGACAACAGUACGACUCAUCCUCGUACGAACCUUUCCAACGCGACGCCAAGGGACAGAAACCCGGUGGGCAGACAGACUCUCAGGCAGUCAUGGGCAAGGAGGGACGCACAGGCAUUGCCCAAGACGUCACCGCAGACAAGACGAGCGACAUGAAAGGACGAGAGGGAAGCUUUAUGUCAAGUAGAGAGUCUAGCUCCUUAGAACCCCGUCUUGAAAAACGACACAAGGUUAUGAUCGGGUCAAAGAACAUCAAGACGUUGCGGCAGGGAAAGAAGGCUCAAGAAAGGGAGAAGAUAAAGAACAAAUUUGUAAAGAACAGGACGGGUAAACCUGACACACAGCCGGGUAAACUGGCUGACUAUCCUUCCACGCCUGCGCAGGAGACAGGAACGCCCUCAUUGGUUAGUCGAGAGGGAACCUUUUCCAGCAUGGUUGGGUCGGAAACGAGUAUCUCCGAAGCGUUACUGCGACAGCGACGAGUGUCGGUAUCCUCAAAUCAGGACAACUCAGUUGGAAGUAAAGUACCAGGCUCUGACGGUAGAGCUGUUCACUUGGGAGCGGACGGGAGGGACGGUCUCGCCGUACAGACAGAGGAGACGGGGUCUCAGGACACACCGUCACGGAAAAGGCGAGAAAUCGUCAAGAAAACAAGAUUAUCGAAUCAAGCAACGAGAUAUCCGAACAGGGCUAACCAAGGGGAAGGCAUGGCAGACAGUACUGGUCACGACAGAGGAGGUGAGGACGGUAUGGUUGGUUCUCAGCAGGACUUAAAAAACGGACAAAAACUCGCGUCACUAUCCUACAAAGUAGGAACAGAUCUAUCGGAUGAAAGAUUGCAAUCAAUAGGUAUUGAAGGGGAUGACUCUAACUCGUUACCCGCUCGAGGGCUGGCACCCCUUCCCAAGUCAGUGAAGAGGUCCAGUGAUGUACAAGGAAUGCUUUCACCGACACCGCAUUUUCCCGAUCCCAAACGGAACACUCUUCCGCCGCUUCCGACGGUGGAUAACUCAGGAAGAGCGUUUAAGAGUCCACGGUACCGUAGAUCCACGACCUCGCUGGCGGCGCCCGUCGUACCCACCACCGAAGGCGACCUCGACGGAACAACGGAGUUCACCGUGUCUGCUUCAAACAAAAACGAGUCGUCUGAGGAGUCGUCAAACUCCACCGAGACGGAGAGCGGAAGCAGCGACAGUUCCUCGGAAUCCGAGUUCGAGUCCGUCUCAAGAAAGAGACAACGUCACAAGAUUGACCUCCCUGACCUUGACGGCAUCUCGGCCCUCUCCUUCACCCGGGCCUUCACGUACUCGUACCUACCGCUCCCCCUAGCGUACAGGGAGAGGAACAACAAGCUGAAGGCGCGGGCGGCUCUCUUCAAUCAACUGAAGAAACCGAUCAAGCCGGCAAGGAAGGCGCGACCGACAAAACAGGACAUUGGUGUUAAUACAGACACUAAAGUUGACAAGACAAAAAAGGAAAAGAAAACUAAAUCUAACAGAUGACAUGCACAAUCAACAAAUACACCGAACAAGUUUAAUUCAAAUUUUACAAAAAAACUUAUUUACCGACAACUUCAUCCACUUCAGUUUCUUCUAUAGCUACACUGCCAUAUCGCCUAAUGCAUCGAUCGGAAUGUCCUAAAGACUAGUAAAGUGAAAAAUUGAGUCUUUUGUUGGGUUUAGAUAAACUUAAAGAGGAAACGGCUGGAAAAUCAGAGGCGAAAUACGGCUCUUUUGAGUCAAUUAUGAGGAUCUUAGAUAAGUAAGCACUUUAUAAAUAAAAUGUGCAAUUUGUUUCCAAA